AUGAUCACAAACAUGAUUGUGUUGCUGUGUUUGUCUGCGCUGUUUCCCGUCUUGAUGGGCACUGAAGAGGUGAUUCUCAGGCGGAUGAACGGCGAGGUGAAUUUCUUUAGGCCGUGGAAGAGUUAUAAAUGGGGUUUUGGUAAUAAAGGCGGCGAAUACUGGCUGGGCGUAGAGUUCAUGCAUCAGCUGACGCGUAAAGAACCUGUCUCAAGUUUUGGUAGUGGGAGGGAGGUAUUCGGCGAUAGGGCAGGCGGAACGGGCGCUCAUCGAACAGAUGAAUUCUGUGUACGAAGUCUUUUGCCUCUCCACAAUCAAGUCUGUCUCUGGAGAAAACAUGGGGAAGGUGCACACACAGACCGGCAUAUCAGGCAUCAGUAUAAACUCAGAGUGGAUUUGGAGGACUUUGAAGGGCAGAAGGCUUACGCUCUGUACAAGUCUUUCUCUGUGGACUCUGAGGCUGAUGGGUACAAACUGCAUGUGAGCGGCUUUGUAGAUGGAGGAGCAGGUGACUCCUUGAGUCCACACAAUGGAAUGAAGUUCUCCACCUUUGACAAAGACCAAGAUCUUUUAGGAGACAACUGCGCUUUGAAAUACUAUCAAGGAGGAUUUUGGUACAAAAAUUGUUAUUACACAAACCCCACUGGUAACUAUCUGUGGGAGAAAGAUAAUAGAGUGACAAAUACUGGAGCCACCUGGUACUACUGGAAGAAGAGCUGGAAUUCUCUGAAGUCCAUCAGCAUGAAGAUUAGACGUGUGAAGUAGAGCAGGGUUUCCGUCCUUCAUAUGUGCUUCACGAGCCUUAAUGCUUCACUGCAGCUUGUGCACGCAUCCACAACUUUUAUGCAUGCAUGUGGAUCUUUAUUAAAAUAUGGUGACAAACAAUUCCCUUCACUUUUAAUGAUGAAAAAUAUUUUAAAACGUCAAGAAACCCCA